AUGGUCAUCGCAACCAACUCCACCAUUACUGCCCUCAUCGUUCCAGCAUCCGGCAUGGCCACGAUUAUAGAAGAGUUGCUAGAAGGCCUUCUAGUGGAGGUGUUUGUCGCUAUCUUUCUAUAUGGGAUCGCAACUGCACAAGUGUACUUCUAUUGGAUGAACUUCGCAAAUGACUCUGUGUGGAUUCGUAGUACAGUUUUACUUGUUUGGGUGCUGGAAACUGUCCACACUUGUAUGUGUGUGAAGAUGAUUACUCAGUACACGAUUGUCGACUUUGGAGACGUGCCCGCUGUCGCGCAUAUUAUAUGGAGUGCUGGAGUUACAGUCAUGUUAGCGGUACUUAUAGCGGCUAUGGUACAGACGUUCUUCAUUCACCGUAUCUGGAUCUUGAGCCGACGAUCUAAGUUGAUUACUGCUAUCCCGGCUGUCCUGCUGUUUGUUCGUGUUGCAUUCGGACUUGCUACUGCUUCUCUCUUGUACCGUCUUCCAACCUGGAGCGAAUUUCGGAGCAAUGUCGGGCCUCUUUUCACUCUCACGUGUGGCAUCAGCCUUGCUGCCUUUGUUGAUCUCAUUAUAGCAGUGGGAUCGAUAUACUACCUAUGGCACAGUAGGACAGGCUUUGAACGAACGGACCACAUUAUUCGAUCCUUGAUUACAUACCUCGUCAGCACGGGUGCACUCACCGUGGCAGUAUCUUUCUCCAUUGUGCUUACUUUCGUCUUUCUCAAGAACAGUCUCCUAUUCGCUGGUCUGGUGGAGGUCCAGAGCAAGCUGUAUGCCAAUUCCUUCAUGGCAACAUUGAACGCAAGGAAGCUUAGGAGCCGUGGAGAGCACUCUGCCCAGGAAUAUAACUCCAAUUCUAUCGAGCUAGGGCCUUCGAGACGCCAAGGCACGCAGACGGACCAUAAAACGAUGAAGCCCAUCGAAAUCUUCCAGCAUACCACGAAUAUCAGUGACAACACCGGAGGUGUCGUCGACGAGAGGAACUCUGUCGCGCAACUCAAGGUCGUCCGAUCCUCCAUCGAGCUAGGCGAGACGUAUCAGAAGCCGCAGUCCCUCGUCUGA